UCGCCGCCGCGCGGAUUUUGUCAAAGUGUGGGCCCUGGGUUCCCGCGCCCGGGUGUGAGUGAUGCUCCCGGGGCUUCUUCCGCGUUGGGCUCUUUCACUUUGGCCGUGCCGAGCACGGCCACCUUCUUUUGGCUCACUCUCGACUUCGUCCACUCCUGGGUUGCUUUUCCCUUGUCCUUGCGUUCGCAUGUCGUCGGGCCGCAAUCGUGGAAGCCUCACGCGGGAGUGCUGUUCCUGCGAAGACCCCGCUGGUGGCUUUCCAACCCUGCCACCAUGAACGGGGUCGUGAUCCCCCAAACGCCCAUUGCUGUGGACUUUUGGAGCCUGCGCCGUGCUGGUACCGCGCGGCUCUUCUUCUUAUCCCACAUGCACUCCGACCACACGGUGGGCUUGUCUAGCACGUGGGCACGGCCCCUCUACUGCUCCCCAAUCACUGCCCACCUCCUCCAUCGUCACCUACAGGUGUCUAAGCAGUGGAUCCGAGCGCUGGAGAUUGGUGAGAGCCAUGUAUUGCCUCUCGACGAAAUUGGGCAAGAAACCAUGACUGUAACCCUUAUAGAUGCCAAUCACUGUCCUGGUUCUGUCAUGUUUCUCUUUGAAGGAUACUUUGGAACAAUCCUCUACACAGGUGAUUUUCGAUAUACACCAUCCAUGUUGAAGGAGCCUGCCCUGACACUGGGGAAACAAAUUGAUACUCUAUAUCUCGACAACACCAAUUGCAAUCCAGCCCUGGUUCUUCCUUCCCGACAAGAAGCUACCCGCCAGAUUGUCCAGCUCAUUCGGCGGUUCCCGCGACAUAACAUAAAGAUUGGACUCUAUAGCCUAGGAAAGGAAUCACUGUUGGAGCAACUCGCCCUUGAGUUUCGGACCUGGGUGGUAUUGAAUCCUCGACGUCUGGAGUUGGUACAGCUGCUGGGCCUUGCCGAUGUGUUCACAGUUGAGGAAGAAGCUGGGCGCAUCCAUGCUGUAGACCAUACGGAGAUCUGCCGUUCUGCCAUGCUCCAGUGGAACCAGACUCACCCUACCAUUGCUAUUCUUCCCACAAGCCGGCAAAUACGGAGCACUCAUCCAGGCAUCUACACCAUCCCUUACUCGGACCAUUCGUCUUACUCUGAGCUGCGGGCUUUCGUGGCGGCUCUGCGGCCCUGCCAGGUGGUGCCCAUUGUCCGUCAGCAGCCUUGUGGAGAGUUCUUUGAGGACAGCUUGAGUCCUAGGCUCUCUGUACCCCUGAUUCCACACUCGGUGCAGCAAUACAUGUGUUCCUCCCCUGGGAAAACAGACGUGCUUUGGCAGUUAGAAAGGAGACUAAAGAGGCCAAGAAUGCAGGGUGUUGUGUUUGAAUCCCCUGAGGAAAAAGCUGACCAGGCAAAAGUUGACAGAGACUCAAAGAAGCACAAGAAAGAAAACCUCUCUCCCUGGCCUGGGGACCCUGAGAAGCUCUGCCCGCACCCUCUGCAGGCCAGGAAGCAUUUGUUCCCAGACUUCUCCAGGAAAGAGUGUGAAGAGCUGCUCCUUCUUUGUGACUCCAAAAAGUCAGCGACUUUGGAAUUUUCAGCGCAAUUGCAGCCUGUAGAUGAGUUUAUCUCUGCAGAAACCAGGGGGGACAUUGACUUAGGGUCCCCCUUGAUACCUAGGGGAGACAAUGGCUCACCAGCUCGAGGGAACCAAAGAGUCUCUCCCCUGUCUCACAUUAGCAAAGACACUCAUCCAGCUGCCGAGUCCUGGGGCCUGGCGCUAAAAUACCUUCUUACCCCAGUGAAUUUCUUUCGAGCAGGCUUCUCUUCUAGGAACUUUGACCAGCAAGUGGAAAAGUACCAGAAGAGUUCAGUGUGACAGUCCUGAUGGAUCACUGCGGUGCUGAACAGUGGGUGAUGGCCAGUGGCAAA